AUGUUUAUUGGUGGACUCAACUGGGAAACAACCGAUCAAUCCCUACAUGACUACUUUUCACAGUUUGGCGAAGUUCAAGAAUGCACCGUGAUGCGGGACAGCGCCACCGGCCGUUCGCGAGGAUUCGGAUUCCUCACGUUUAAGGACCCCAAAACCGUGAACACCGUGAUGGUCAAGGAACAUUUCCUGGAUGGCAAAAUUAUCGACCCGAAACGAGCAAUCCCCCGCGACGAGCAGGAGAAGACGGCCAAGAUCUUUGUGGGGGGUGUUAGCCAAGAUGCCACGGAGGAAGACUUUGAGAGUUUUUUCGCCCAGUUCGGUCGAGUCAUUGACGCCACCCUUAUGAUGGAUAAGGACACUGGCCGACCGAGAGGAUUCGGGUUCGUGACUUUCGACAGCGACGCCGCGGUCGAGAAAUGUCUUGAGUACCACCCGUUGGAAAUCUUGGGCAAGCCCAUCGAAGUCAAACGUGCUCAACCCAGAGGCAAGAUGGGCGAGGCCGCCGACGACGGCUUCUCUCGCGGUGGCCGAGGCCGUGGUAAAUUCGGAGGAGACGAUCGCUAUGGCGGCGAUCACACCCAAGGAGCCCAGAACGGAUCCAACCAGGGAGGUAAUAUGACAGGAGGUAAUGGGAUGACUCCCCAGAUGAUGGCGCAGUACUGGCAGCGAAUGCAACAAUAUUUUGCCAUGAUGCAGCAGCAAAUGGCGGCUUCCAUGAUGGGCGGUAUGGGCGGUAUGGGCGGUAUGGGCGGCAUGGGCGGCAUGGGAAUUGGUCAGAUGAAUCCCCAGAUGAUGCAGCAAAUGAUGCAGAUGCAAAAGAUGCAGGGAGGCAACAGCCCGAACCCGCAGAACGCCGGGAUGGGCGGCAUGACGCCUCAGAUGAUGCAGCAGAUGAUGCAGAUGCAGCAGGGCGGCAUGGGAGGAAUGAACAUGGGUGGCAACCGAACCCCCAUGGGCCCGGCGAGCGCGGGAGGAGGAGCACGAGCUGGAUCGUUCUCGGCGCAGGAUCAAAUGGCAUUUGAACAGUCAAAGUAUGAACAGCAGAAUCGUCGCGGGGGCGGUUUCCCGCAGGGGCCUCGAGGGCAAGGCUUCCAAGGUCAGAGUCCAGGCGGCGGGCCGCAGUCCUGGGAAGGCAUGUAUGAUGAUGUUCCCCAGCCAGAAGGCAGUAUGAGUGGACGAGGAUCUGCCGGUCCGGUUCGCAAUAUGACCCCCAAACCGCCCAAGGGCCCCGGCGGAACGGCUCAACCAAGCGCGGCCCCGGCAAAUGCUCCAACCGGGCCGAAGAAUGCUGGGAGACCGGGAUCCAACUUUCGAGGAGGCAGAGGCGGCCGCUUUCAUCCGUAUGGAAGAUGA